AUAAGGUGAAACACGAAACUAGAGCAGCUCAGUUCGCUGUUGGCAGGCGUCGCCGAAGGUAGUGGCUCAACUCAACUUUCGGAACCAGCGCAGGAAGUCCAGUCGGAAGCAGAGGAGCCAGAGUCUCCCAGUCAGGAGUGCCAAUCAAAUCGAAUCCUACAAGACCAACUACCCAAAAGUGUGAAAGUGAGUGCGCGAGUGUGCCAAGUGAAAUGAAAUUAAAUGAAAUGAAAUGAAACGAAGCAAAAGUAAACUCGACCAAACUAAAACAAAUUGAAUAGAAUUAAACUGAGAGGAGCAGCAGCAGCGGCAAUUAAAAACAAAUUGCUUGUGGCCCCAGGACGUGGGAUAUAAAGGCAAAAAGCGACGGGAUCCGCCCGUUUAUGUCACGCUGCAUUUGCACAUAAUUGCAAACUGUUGCUCGACCUGCAGUUUCGCUUUUUAUUGCCAGGCGAUAAAAUAAAAAUCCAUUUGGCCCGAAACCUCCGGCAACUGUUGCACAUAGGACACCAUACCAUGUAGGACUUGGGACGUGGACACACGAACACACACAGUACAAAAAACUCUACACCACACUGCACUUGGGGGCCACAGAACAUAACCAUUUCCUUUACGAUCUCAGCCUUGGUCAUGCCCCAUUAAAUAUGCUUCUGAAUGUUUUGUUCAAGUUGAAACGGAAAGCGAGAAACGAAAUACGAAAUACGAAAAGUGCACAACCGAAAAUUAUGCUAAAAUAAAUAUAACAAAAAUAUCCGCAUAAAGGACGAAGCAGACUACAAAAAACUAAAACAAAAAAAAAAAACCAUAAAGGAGGAGCGACUUUCAUUCUAAAAAUUUGCAUCAGAAUUUCCGAGUUCUGGUCAAGAGCGAGCAGCGUGUCAAUUUAUGCAGCCAUAAAAGUUAAAGGGGAACUCGGGAGCACCAGAAAGGAGGAGCAGUGCCAUUCACAAGGUGACAUUAGAGGACGUGCCCGGCAUGCCAACAUGAUGGAGUAGGCAAGGAUUCCCCCAGCAAGGACAUCGCCAUAACAACACGACACAGGCUGUUGCGCUGAUGAUGCUCCAUUUCUAUUGCCAUCGACUUGUUUGCGCCUUCGAGCCUUGAUAAGCCAGAAUACAAAGUGAGUGUCUGGACCAAUUUAUAAUCGGGUAAAAACAUAACGAAUCAGGUAGGCAAAGCAAAUCCCGGGCGCAACUUUCCAAGUGAUUAAUUUCACAAAUAGACGUCGAGCCAACAACUUGAGCCAAUUACGCCAGCGAUAAGAGAGCCAGAUGCCGCCAUGAGUUUCCUCAGCUCCAUGCAGCAAUAUGUAACAAGUGGCAUCUCGAGUUUGGGCCUGGGCAACCGACGUUUUUCGCUUUCGCGCCAGGAAUCGAGUGAGCAGCAGUCGGGCUCCUCCGGUGGCCCCGCACCUGGCGGCCUCGUUUCCGGUCAGCAGCAACACCAGCAGCUGCAGCAGCAGGCGUCGUUUCCGCAGCAGCAACUGCAGCAGCAGCAGUCACUUCCGCAGCAGCAGCAGCAGCAACAGCAGCAGCAACAACACGGCCAUGCCCCGCUGCAGCAACAGGCGAGCAUUGGCAGCGGACUGGGACUGGGCGUCUACGGCACCCCGGCCCCGCCCACCGGCGUUGUGGCUGCCUCGGGGGGCGGCAGUACCUACCCCUCCGGCGGCGUGGUAAUCGGCAACCCAAAUGCCACCAAUCCAUUACUGGGAUACCCGAAAAUACCAGGUGGGGCAGCGGGACCCGGCAGUCCCUCGACAUCGGCUUCCGGUGGGGGCGGCGGCACGCCCCAGUCGCGUCGCCAGUCGCGGGCGCUGGAAUGCCUGGCCCCGCCCCGGACCGGAUCCUUUAGGCAGCGCAACUCGCCGCUCCACCAGCCGGAUCCGCCGCCCCGUCCGCCGCUGGCCUUCUGCAAACGCCGCCUAAGUUGGCCCGAAGUGGAUCCGCGCUCCGAUUCCGGAGUUCAGGAAACGGACGGCUCGUACUUUGAGAACUUUACAUCGCUUGGCUGGAAACGGGAAAAUCGUCGCAUGUCGGCCACGCGUGCCGCCGAAGCACGUGCCGAGGCUAAUCCCGAGAAUGAACGUGAUCCGCCGGCGACGGAGGAGACUAUUGACCGCCAGGACGAGAAGGAGAAGCUGUACGCGGAGGUCCUGCACACCAUUGCCAACACGGUCGGUGCCCCGGCUCCAGGAGGACAGUUUGCACAUUACAAGGACGAAAUGUAUCUGCACGCUCAGCGCGCCUUCGGUGUCAAUCCGGAUCGUCAUUAUCGCCUGCUGCACGCCUCCGCCGAGGAUAAGCCCAAGAUAAUCGUACUCUCUGCGGUGGUAAUCGAAGCUGAUGGCCUCGAGGCAAAGGAUGCCAAUGGUUUCUCGGAUCCGUACUGCAUGCUGGGCAUCCAGCCGGACGAAAACGGCGGUCCGCCCGUGUCUCCGCUGCCGCUGCCGCCGACGCCGCGCGCCCUCUCAGCGGACAUGAGCGGCGGAUUCGACAAUAGCGCCACGGACUCGCCGCCGCACCGCAAGCACAGCUUCCGGCUGAGCUUCAAGCGGCGGGAGGCGGGACGGCGGGAGCAGCGCGACUCACUGGGCGGACCCGUUCCGGCCAAGCUCAUCAAGGCGACCAGCAUCAAGCCCCACACACUAACUCCCAAGUGGAACGAGAAGUUCAAAUUCGACAUAGAUGACAUCAAUACGGACAUCUUCCACCUGGACAUUUGGGACCACGAUGACGAAAGUUGCGUCCUGGACGCCGUCUCGCGACUGAACGAGGUCCGUGGUGUUCGCGGCCUGGGGCGCUUCUUCAAACAGGUGUGCCAGUCGGCUCGCCAGGGCUCCCAGGACGAUUUUCUGGGCUCUGUGAACAUCCCGCUGUCGGACAUCCCAUCCACCGGACUGGAUUCCUGGUUUAAGCUGGAGGCACGCAGUCACCGAAGCACGGUGCAGGGUCGGAUCCGUCUCAAGAUGUGGCUCUCGACCCGCGAGGAUCGCAGCACCGUCGCCGAGGAGAACCACGAGCAGCAGAUCCACAAGGUGGAGCAGCUGCAAAGGGUCUUCAUGCAGCACGAGGUCACCACGCACGAGCCCUCGUGGACCUGGUGUGGUGACCUCCCAGGACCUGCCCUCACCAUCCUGCAUCAGUUGGCCGUGCAGUCGGAUCUCUCGGACUUACACUGCGCCAUGGCUAGAUAUGUGGCUGCUGCCAAGUUGAAUCGCUCUACCCCGCUGGACCCGAAAUUCCUGCACCGUCUGCUCAGCGACGUGGAGAAGCAGUGGAACCAGCCCAACCAAGAGGCCCUCAGUCGGGAUCUCGAGCAGUGGCUGGCGGAUGCCAUGAACGGCUUCGUGGAGCGCUCCCUCAACCAAAUCCGUCGUCACAGGGACAUCUUCCCCGCUUUGAAUCCGCCCUCUUUAAUUCGCCUGGAAUUCUUGCUGCGCUGCCUGGGACUCCUGGGUUCGAUGAGAGCCUUCAGGGCCGUGUGUCCUUUCAACAAGGGGGUGCGGGGCGAGGUGGUCAACGCCCUGCGCAAAGGAUCCGUGAUGUGGGGCCAAACGGUGAUGCGGGAAUCGCAGGGCCUGCCCAAUCCAUUAUCGAAUUUCGUAACAACAUUAACGGCCGACAUUCAGCUGGGACAGACGUACUAUCAUGCCCUUUUCGACAACACGAACGGCAUCCAGUACUUCAGCAUCAUCUACAAACAGUACGAUGCGAUGGUGGGCGAGGAGGUGUACAGCCGGAUGGCCGCUGGCCAGGUGCCCGGGGUGCGGAUGAACCUCUCGCAGUACGCGGUGCUCGAGGGCGAUGCGGAGCCGGUGGACACCAAGCCGUUUGAGCUGUUCCUGGCGCUGCAGGAGUUCUGCCAGCUGAAGCGGCACCUGUCCGCCCAGCCGCAGCCGCCGGAGAAGCCGCUGGCGCUGAGCAACAGCCACGAGUGGUUCAUACCGACGCUGGAGCGCUGGAUGAUGGUGAGCAAGGCGAAGGCGCUGCAACGGAUCAGGGCGGCCAUCCGCAUGGACGCCAUCUGCGAGGGCGAGCGCAUCGUGCGCUACAGCAGCUCCUCGGUUGACACGGCCAGCACGCUGCUGAACAUCAAGGAGUUCUGGAAGGUGAUGAACUGGCCGGACGAGGACACGGCCAUCAUGAUGGAGUCGCAGCUCAUCGACGUGGUCUGCUCGGCGGCCAUGCACUACUGCGAUCUGAUCCACACGGCUCUGGCGGACAGUGGCUACUACGAGCAGCAGGGUCCGUUCCGAUGCUCCGACGACAUGUGCGUCACGGUCAACAAUGUGGAGUAUGUGCGUCGCACCCUGGCCGAGUUCCGAUCGGAUGAACAGCCGCUGGAGGAGUCGGCCGACAACCUGCUCGAGUCCAGUCUCACCCACAUGGAGAACCGCUGCGAGCGGAUCCUCUCCAAGCUGGCUCCCCUCAUGCAGAUGUCGCUGCAGAAGGCCAUGUUCCAUCUAGCCUGGUCACCCGACUCCCUGCCAGCGAAUCAGGCCAUUGUCCCGCUGUUGGAGUACCUGGAUUGCCACCUGGCCGCCCUAAAUAGCGCCCUGCUCACCAAGAACUUCAACCGCUCGCUGCGAUUCAUUUGGAAGACCGUCCUGGGCGAGAUGUCGCGCCAAAUGGAGACCGGCGAUGAGACGGACAAGCCGACGCACUUCCACAAGCGUCUGUACGAGGCACUGCAGCUCCUCAUCGACUUCUUCCAUGCCGAGGGCCAGGGCCUGCUUCUGGAGUGUCUGCACACCGAGGACUUCUGGCGCAUCGAGCAGCGGCUGCAGUUCCACAAGACGGACACGGAUCGGCUCAUCGACAUGUUCUACAUGCAGCGACUGCGGGAGCAACUGAUGGCCGUCAUGCCCUCGCCCUACGGAUCGCUGGCCGUUCGGGCCUACUUCAACCACGAUUCGCUCUGCGUGGAGGUCCUGCACGCCCGGGACGUGGUGCCCCUCGAUCCGAACGGUUUCAGCGAUCCCUUCGUGGUCAUCGAGCUGCUGCCGCGAAGGAUCUUCCUGCACUGCAUGGAACAGCAGACCAAUGUGCACAAGCGCACUUUGAACCCCGUGUUUGACGAAUGCUUUGAGUUCUCCGUGACCCUGGAGCAGUGCUUAACGGAGGGUGCCAUGAUCUGCUUCACGGUAAUGGACCAUGACGUCCUGACGGCCAACGAUUUCGGCGGCGAGGCCUACUUGGCACUGGGCAACAUUCCCGGGGUGGAGGCCUACAGCACAAGUGUGGACAACUUCCAUGGGUUGAAGCAAAUCGAACUGCCACUCAUGGAGCAGAAGGAUAAAUGCAAUCCCAUUUUGCAAAUCCUCGAAGUGCGCAUCAACGAUAAACAGGCCCAGGACUUUGUGCGAAAGCAAAAGGCAAGGUUUAUCAAUUGAUUCUAGAAAAGGAUAAAACAGAUAAAACAGGACUACCGAGCGAACCGUUUGUAAAACGUUUUGAAGCGAUGAAAGGGCGUAUCCAGCAAUGUAAUUGCAUCGAUGGCCACGAUGAUAACUUAACCAAACCUAAAUUGUAUCCAAUCCAACAUUGUAUGUAUAGUACUUAAUCUAGUUGUUUGACAAAGACUCCUCCUUCUCUCUUCAGUUUGUAAAUGUUAGCGAAGAAUCGAAAUUCAAAUGGUGCAAAAGUGACGAGCAGUAAAAAUGGGAACUCAGAUUUCCAUUGCUCAGCACUAAACGUUGCUUGAAUAAAAUUACGGAUAAAUUAAAAAAAACACACACAAAUUAGGGACUUAUUAGAAGCCUAGCCAAUUGCUGAAAUUGUCACAAUUGGGCAAUCAAAGAAAAUUAAUUAGCCAGCGAAAUCUCAUAAGCGAACUCACGACAAAACUCGAGCUACCUACUCCAGCACCCAGAUGCGUUUUGAAGACUUUUACCACAAACAAAAAAACACGAUUAAGAUAUGUAACUAAGGAUUUGCGGAUUACAACACAUUUUUUGGGUCAAUUUAAAAUAUACGAAUAUAUCAGCAACAUGUAUACCUAAAUAUAUAAAGGACAGUUCAGCACCUUUUCUACCAACAACGCCAAGAAACAAUCAAAAUCUGCGUAACUCUGAGCUUCUUUGAAACUUCCCAAAAAAAUACACACAAUACAUAAUCAUAACCCAGACAUGCAGGAGAAAGCUAUUUACAAUAUAAAUACAAAUGCAUGAGAUACAUGUACAUGAUUUGUACAUUUUAUAUCACGCCCAAAGGACAGUGUAACUAAGUCUAAAGUAUAUUUGUAAACUAUUUUCUGAGCACAGAUUUUGUAUAAAUUUAUUAGACACGCGCUUGUCCCCCGAGAAGCAGCCUUCAGCUAUUUUGCUUAUACACAACUUAGGGCUUUUCCCCGUCUUAUCCCCACCAACUUUUACCAACACUUUCCCCCAAUAGGUUUUUCCAACUUAGAAGGUCUCGCUUCUAUUGUAAAUUUUGUACUAUAUACAAUGGUCUCUAUAAUGAAGGCACUUGAACCCAAACACGCGGUUAGCUGUGUACUAUAUAUUAUGAAUAACUAAAGAAUUGUUGAAACUGUGUAACUCUUAACUGUAAACUGUAAACUAAAAGCAAGAACUUUUUAUACCUUUCGCAAAGGAGGCAGUGGGCGUGGCUGAGGAAAAUUUUAGAGAACAAAACUAAAGAUACUUACUAACUAACUACUUAAACAAAUGCACAACAAAGAAAUGAAAAUCCAAGUCAAAUUACAACUAUUUUUAAUAUUUACACUAAACGCAAGAGAUUUCAUGAUUGUUAAUUACAAAUGAAUGGAGUAUUAUGCAAACAAAUAUAUAUAUAUAUAGAUAAAUGGAUAAAUCGGUAAUCAAGUAUUUAGUUUGUAAGAGAAUCGUUUGGUAUGGAAUAUUUGCACAGCCUUUCAACAUCUGAAUCUAGUGAAUUUUGUUUAGUUAAGUUUGGUUUUUCAGUUCAACUUUGUUUAGUCUGCCAUCGCCAAGACAUCGACAGAAGUUAUGAUCUCCAAGGGACAAACAUCGAAGUAGAGUCAACGUUGAAUGAUCAAAAUUUAAAAUGUUCUACUUCAAUAUCUUCAAAGGACACUAGCUAUUUUAAACUCCUCAUUUCAAACUGCUAUCUUCCAGACUUUCGUGCAGCAAAGCCAGUAAAAAAAUAAAUAGUUAAAUGGAUAAACAUAAAUGUAGGCAAGAGUUUGCUGUGCUAACCAACCAUAACUACUGUGUUGAUAUGUGUACCUAUGAUAAUUUCCUAAUAUCGAAUAGACAAACUUUCAAACAAACACGUGGGCAAACCAGAAUAAAUAAAAUCAAAUUAAAUUAUUCAUGUUACUGGCACUAACUAAAUAAUAUGUGAAGCGAGCCGAGUAGGAUACAUAUAAACAGAAGUGAAAUUUUAUUUCGAAAUCGAAACUGAUAAAGAAUGCGAUUGGCCAACAAAGAGACCAAAAGCAUUUUCCAACCGCAACAAACCCACAAGCAACUGAAACUAUUGAAAAUCAAGGCCAAAACAUGCAUGAAAACCUAUACUACUAUACCUAUACAUAUAUAUACAUAUAUAUAUAUACAUAAUUGAAUGUGCAAUUGUUGUGCUAGUUACAGAAUACAAAGGAAACCUACAAAGAGCCCUCCUACAUAUAUACUAUACAGAAUGCAAAUGCAUAUACAAAUAUUUUUAAUUGCCACAUUUGCAGGCGGCCAGCAGAAACAAAACGGCAACUAUUUUCGAUAAUAUACGUUACACAAAUUGAUUUCCUCUUUUCAUGCCCCACAGAUACUAAGUAUUUAUAACUACUGUGUUUUUUGUAUGCCAAGACAGAACUAUAACAAAACACUCAACCGCCGAAACUUGAUAUGAAUAUUUUGAAAGAAACUACUAACGAAAAACCAAAGUAAAUAUAUAGUUUUUUUUAAAUCGUAUGUGUGUAUUGCAAAUACCAACGGGCCAGAAUUCAGGUUCCUAAGCUCCCCUCCGUAAAUAAAUAAAUAUAUCUGAAUAGAUAUCUGAAAAGAUAUCUCAAUAGAAAACACUGCAAACUCUCUACUAACCCUAAGUACAUAAUUGUGUGUCUGUGCAACAGCUAAUAUCAAAUCAAAACAAAUCGAUGCGAAAGCGAUAGAAAAAGUAAGAAAAAAACGAAAUGAAGAAAACCCUUAACACAUAUUCAAUGUAAAUUCAACAAAAUGCUGCAGAAAAAUCAUUAUCAAAUUCAAUCAAUAA